AUGGGGACAGUGUGGUGGGCUUGUGAUGGGGACAGUGCAAUGGGCAUGAUGAGGACCAGGUGAUGGGGACAGUGUGAUGGGCUGCAGUGGUGGCAGGCACAGAGCAACCAGGAGGCAGGUGAUGGGAAGUUGAAGAGCGGACAGGGAGGGAAGACGGCUGGCAGGGGCAUCGUCCCGGGAAGCUGCUGGGCCCCGUUUCCACACUGCUGGCACAGUGAGGAGAGCACCUGCUUGCCUGUGCUCCCUGCCCUCUCCUUUGGCUUUUUGAGAUGUGGACAAUACCGGGAGGUAAAGCAAAGCUUCUCGAUACAAGGGUGCAAGGCUCACCUCCCCCUUCCCCCAGCACCGCCACACAUCCCGUUCUCUGCCUGCUGCUCCUGCCCAAGUGCUCAAGGCAAGGUGCUGCUCGCAGACAGGUCACCUCCUGCUCCCAGGAGGGUUUCAAUUUGGGACAAGGAAAGAAAAUAGCAAAUGGUCCCUGCUGUAGCUUUGCUAUCAGCACCCAAACACCCCUGUCCAAACGGCGGCUGGACCCUGCUCAGCUCUGAGCACAAUUUGUCACCAGAGGCCCUCCCUGCCCCUCUCCAUCUGCGGCAGCCGGUGAGCGGGAGGGGGCACGGGGCCAGCGCAGCCCUUAUUACUGUCUCCAUUUGCUCCUCAUUUGGGCCAGGAGUCUUACAACAACAAACCCCGCAGAGGACAAGCAGGGCCAAGAGGAGCGAACUGAAAGCCCAAGCUCACCCUGCGGGCACGGGGAGUUCAACCUGCUGGUGUUUCACUGCCCCUCUGACCCCAGCACAGGCGAUGCAGCCCAAAGCAGACACAUGGAUGGUGGCACACAAUCACCCGCUGGCCACCAAGGCUGGCCAGAAAGGUGACAGCAAGCCACAGACCUGAGCUACUUAGGCAAACCUACCCUGAUAAUUAAUAGACAACAAGCAAAAUGAGGCAUCCCAGCUCCCCAGUCCUUCCCGACACCGAAAGGGUUUAAUUCUGAUCUGCAAUAAGCCUCUGAUCCAGGCUGAGAUUUGCAGGUGGAUUUUGCAAAGCCGUAGCUAAACAAUUCGCAGCCUCUGAUCCCCCUGGCCGGGGCCCCGGCUACUCGCCCUGCCCCGAACAGCCACCUCUGGUCCCGGGUGACCCCCAGCCACGGCCACCCUCUGUCCUGCACCACGUCUGCAGCCACCUCCGUAACCUCUCCUCCCCCUGGCUCCCACCCACACGCCGGUGCCCGCACAAAACCAGCACCCCGGGAGUGGGGUGGAGCUGCGGUGCGGCGAGCAGACCCGCUAGCAGGGCCAUGGGGAGGUAAGCGCGUGGGAGCGAGCCGACGACGAGCCAGGUGAGAAGCCGUGCACCCCGGGGAGGUGACAGCCAGCCCCCAUCAUGGUCUCCAUGGGGCUCCAGCUGCUAGGCUACGCCGUGGCCUUCCUGGGCUACAUCGGCACGCUGACAGCCACGUUGCUGCCCAGCUGGAAGACCAGCUCCUACAUCGGCUCCAGCAUCGUGACAGCUGUGAGCUUCACCAAGGGGCUGUGGAUGGAGUGCGCCACGUACAGCACGGGCAUCACCCAGUGUGACAUCUACAGCUCCCUGCUCAACCUGCCUGCCGACAUCCAGGCGGCCCAAGCCCUGAUGGUGAGCUCCUGCGCUGUCUCGUCCCUCGCCUGCCUCCUCACCGUCGUGGGUAUGAGGUGCACCGUCUUCAGCCAGGGCUCGCCGGGCAAGGACCGGGUGGCGGUGGCAGGCGGCACUGUCUUCAUCCUCGGGGGGCUGCUCUGUUUCAUCCCGCUGGUGUGGAACAUCCAUGUGGUGCUGCGGGAUUUCCGCAACCCCAGCCUCCCUGACAGCAUGAAGUUUGAGCUCGGGGAGGCACUUUACCUGGGCAUCAUCUCCUCCCUCCUCUCCCUCGUCGGCGGCUUCAUCCUCUGCACCUCCUGCCCUGCCCGGGACCCAACAACCACCUACACGAGCACCUACCAGCCCCGGCUGCUGGCGAGCAAGAGUCCCCGGCCCUCCGUCAGCCAGACGCAGAAGACGAAGAGUGAGCUCAACUCCUACAACCUGACGGGAUAUGUGUAGCGGCGGCAGGUGGGAACUGGGCUGGCAUCUCUCCCAGCUUCCCAAAGCAUCUGGGCUGGCACCGAGGGAGCGCGGUAGGAGGAGAGGACAUGGCGGCAUCUCCCAUGCUCAGCCCUCUCACUCACAUGCUUGGGGGGUUUAACCCCGCUCUCUCCCUGGGGAUCCCAAGAGCCUUGUGACUGCUCAGAGAUCCCAGCCGAUGUCUUACAUUGGUGAAGGACCCUGAAUCCAGCUUCUCUUCCCUUCUCUGUGCUGCCAGCCCACAGACAGCCCCUGGGACAGUGGGACACCAGCCUGCAGCCCCAGAGAGCCUGCCUGGAUGGGAAUGGGUGGGCCUGUGCCCCCAGGGACCAGCCUGCUGGCCUUGGAGGCAUCACAGUGGGGUCAGGGCAUCUGCAUGGGUCUGGAGUUGCCGCUGGGGGUUGAGUGCUGGUUGCAAACCAAUGUCACAAUAAAUCUGUGUUUCUA